ACGCAUGCGCCAUGAUCAGUGACCAAGAAGCUGCAAUACCUGCCUACAGCAAGAGUGUCAGCGUCCGCCUCAACAUGCGACCUGGCCACUCUCUCGACAGUAAGCUAGGCUUCUUCCAACCUUCCAGGACCUGCCUAAAACUAGGACUGACCUUGGAAGCCACACCUCUCAUUGAAGUGUCAUCUCGUGCUGUGUAUGUAUUGUUCAACAACUGUACGGCCAAAGACAUCAACAUUCCCAAAGCCAGUCACCUGGGAUGGCUCAUCAACCAGACAUUCCAUGACUUUGAGCUAACGGUACCGGUCAUAGGCCACAUACCAGUCCAACUACUGUCAGAUGAAUAUGAUGACACCGUAACGUUCACAAGACCCAACGGAACCAUUGCCAUCACUUCUAUUCUGCCAGUGCCCAGAGAAAGCGUCUGCCGAUCAGAAAUCACAGACGACACUCACCUCGCCGUCUACACUGUCUCAACACAGCCCACGACAGAAUCACCUGCACAGGUGACCGUCAAGGCCCAGAGCCCCUCAAAUGACUCAACCAUGGAGGAACCGGGUUCGCGGUUCGCCGCACAAAUCCAACAGAUCCUGAGUGAGGCGGAUGCCCUCCACAAGGAAGCAGAGGACUCAAAGAGAAAUUGUUGA